CUGCCGAAUGUUGAUUUGAACGUUUUUAAAGCAAUUUUGGGCAAUUUUCUAAGGCAAAACGAAGAUGAUUUUACUCACACUCUUGUCAUUUGAAAGUUAUAAACGUCAAAGGUAUGAAUGAUGGCUGAAGAUCCAUCGACUCCUAGCAGUGAACUUGAAACGAGACCAAGUCAGAGUGCGGUGGCACGCCUUCUGCUGUCAGGGACCGUGCAGCAGAAUCAAGGCGAUGUCAGCACCGACAGAAAAUCUGAAGAUGGAGGCUCGACGUCUGCUCUCAAGGUCGACGUAUCUGAGCAUCAGGUCCACGACCACCAGUCGUUUGAGGUAGAAAGUAUAGAAGACUCAAGCCCCAAUGCGCAGGAUGGCGACAGCAGCUUCAGUCAAAGCUUGAAAGCUUUGAAGUGUCCCAUGUGUGACUAUUCAACGAAUGACAAAAGCAACUUCAGGCGACAUAAGCGACUGCACCAGAGGAAUCAUCCUGCCACUCUGUUGCGGUGCGGAAAGUGUGAAUUCUCCACGGUCCUGCCUCGGAAGAUCCGCGAACACUACAGCCACGACCAUGGAGAGGAAUACUCUUCUCCCAUGCAGCCACUGCCGCCAUCGUGUCCACCGGUGGUCCGCAUCCAGGGAUACCGAGCAGAACAUUUUAACGGGAGGAGCUUGGGCUCAAACCAUGGUCACUGCUCGUCCGGCGUGAUUCCCGUCAGUUCAGGAUCACUUCAUCCUCUCAUUGCAUCGGUGCCACCCGGGCUGCAUUUUGCAGGGACAAAUCCUCCGAUAUUGACAAACUGCUUGGCUCAGUUCCAGCCGUAUGAAGCCCCGAUACACCCCAGCACACAGGAAACCCACAUGGCAUCGGACUAUCUCAGAUCCAUCGUCUCAAACAUCAUCACAUCCCACCAAGCUCCGCGCUUGCCAGCGUCCAGCACGAUAACGUCAUCCAGCUUUUAUCUGCCGCCUCCAAUGGAAACCAUGCACAAUAUAUCUGCUUCAGUGUCUCAUUCUGUGUCCGAUCGACAGAUGCACAUCGACGAUUGUGAUGGUGACGUAGUCGUGAAAUCUGAACCUGUCGAGUGCAAUGGAGCGUCGGAUGUCUCCAGCUCAGCUAGCAUGUCGCGCCAAACUCACAGUGAUGGCACGCGCCAGAUGGAUGCUGAAACAGCACACAGGCUGUCUUUCACCGUCUUCGAUGGCUGUCCGGUGGCCGACAGAAACAAUGAAACGUCCCCGUGCGACGAUGUAGGCAGGUUCGUGAAUGCAACAGAAGCAGCUACAGUUUCAAACCGCCACCAUGGGAGUAGUGGCGGACAGACGUCGACCGCGACGAUAAAGCACGAGAUUUCAAACGUUGGAAUCCAGUGUGCAAUGCCGUCGGUUAAGACCGAGCUGAUGGACUCGUCGGAAAACGCUUCUCAGCGCCGGGCAAGACAUCGCUGCAUUGACCGUGGCGUCCAGUGCGAGCUCAUCUCGUCUGGUCGCACGUUCAACUGCCGGACAGUGUCUGAUCCGAGUGGCGACGACCAGCAGAGUUUCACGUCUGUGCAAACGACAAAGUGUCCUCACUGUGGAGUGACGUUUGACGACGAAGUGUUGUUUUCUAUUCACAUCGGCUGUCACAGUCAUACCGAUCCCUUUGUGUGCAAUGUGUGUGGCAAACCGUGCUACAACAAAUAUGGAUUUUACUCUCACAUUAUGAGAGGCCAUCAGCUUUAAUCUGCUGCUUUAGUAAAUAUUUCUUUGGGUUUUUUUUAGUAUAAAAUAAGAUGCAGAAAAAAGAAUUGGUCACAAGAUUUGAUGGCAAAAAUGGUAGUCUCUGUCAUGCAUUUGAACUAGUCAUGUUUGAGUCAAAGAAAUAAUUUUUUAGUAAUGUUUUUAUUGCAUUUAAUGGUAGAAAAAUAAGAAAAACCUUUUGUCAAACACUGCUUGGACUGACAGUGUUUUUGUCAAACACUGCUUGGACUGACAGUGUUUUUGUCAAACACUGCUUGGACUGACAGUGUUUUUGUGAAACAUUGCUUGAACUGACAGCGUUUUUGUCAAACUCUGCUUGGACUGACAGUUUUAUUUCUGUGCAAACUUUUCUAUGACAGAUGCAUAAUAGAGCCUGUAACAUAGUCAGCAAAGUAUUCUGACCGAUUUCUGUUAAUGGGAAACUUUCAGCAUUAAAGAUAACUUUCUGUGUGAGUUAUUUGGUAAAAUCACUUGAUGACACAUUAUAUUUUCAGGGGCGGGCAGUAGCUCAGUAGUAGACUGCUCAUCUGAUGUGCGGUUGGUCUAGGAUCGAUUCCUGUCGGUGGGUCCAUUGGGUUAUUUCUCGUUUCAACCAGUGCACCACGACUGGUAUAUUAAAGGUUGUGGUAUGUGCUAUCCUAUCUGUGGGAUGGUGCUUCUCAAUUUCUAACAUUAGCUUUCAAAUUAAAAUUUGAGAAGAAGAGAUUGCUUCCCACACAACAAAAUGUAUUUUGAGCUUUGCCAUGGAUCAUGGACUUUUAUCUGAUAAACAGUCUGAAGCUCUGCUUUGUUGACUAUCAGUAAUUAACAUUUACAAUAUAUGGACCUAUAGUAGUUUUUCUUGUAUAUAUUAUAAAACCUUUUUUGUUUCUAACAACCUAAAAUAAUAGCUGUUUACAAAAAUUACCAAACACAAUUUCAUUUCGAGGAUAUAUAAACUUACUAGAAACUAUUUUGUAACCUAUCAUAUGUUGAACUGUUUUGCUGCCCUUGUUGUCUCCUGCUUUGCAUUUCCGUCCAUGUGUUAUAAUUCAUACUUAGUAUUUGUUCUGUAGUUCUGAUAAUUUUUCAAAAUGGAGAGAGAUACAGAGAGAGAGAGAGAGAGAGAGAGAGAGAGAGAGAGAGAGAGAGAGAGAGAGAGAGAGAGAGACUGAGAGAGAGAGAGAGAGAGAGAGACUGAAUGAGAGAGAGAACUUACAUGAAUGAGGUAUCAUGCAGGCAGUACAUCUAUUAUUUCAGAAUGAGAUAAUACAUUUAUUACAGUUGUACAUAUUUUUGUCUCUAAAAUUAAGCAUAAUUUUACAUAAAAUUGCUAAAUAUUAUUUUUAUUUUCUUCAGGUAUAAAAUUUCUUUGCUCAUAAAUUAAAAUGUAAAGCUGAAAAAUUUUCAUUUCAAAAUUAUGACAGGAAUAUGUUCUUUUGAAUUUGUGCAAUGAUGCCAAAUAUUGGUGAAUAAAUCAUGUAUUCAUGUACCUGUAUGUCUGUAUCAUAGCUUAAUAGCUAGAUAUAUGUGUUUCAUAUAUAAUGUGUUACAUGUCUUUUCUUAUAAUCUUUAUUGCUUAUUAUGAACGAUGGAAUAAUGAAGUACCUGUAUAUAACUUGCCACAAGAAAUUGAAAAUAAAUGCUUCUUUAGAGGACUAAAUAUCAAGGCAAGAAAAUGUAAUUAAUAUGUAGUCCUAUUGGUUACACAAAUUAUAUUGGCAAAGUGAAUACAGUUAUGAUGAUCCUGAACAGAUGAAGCUUUUAAUGUGAGAAUGUGACGGUUGACCAUGUGACUGAUUGGCAGUUCGCAUGGAUUUAAACUUGGGUAACCCACAAGCGAAUAUAAAGAAAAUUUUCAUGAAAUAUUGUGCCCUGCAAUGGCUAAAAAGUCACGAAUGCUCCUUAAUAUUAUAUAUAAUAACAGGUCUUCCUAGACUAUGAUUUCACUGACUGUGUGACUGAUGUCUUUUGGAACAGUUAACAGACGUGACAGUCUGCAUGUUAUUUACAAUGGCUCUGACCACAUGCUUUAUAGCUCGCACAUUUACUCAUCUGUAGAGAGAAAACAAUGAACUCCAGUGUUGAGGUUCAAAUUCACUUUUAAAUCAUGUAACAUUUACUGUGUUUACAUGACAUUAAUAUAAUCUCACUUUCACUGUUGUAUUUUCAGUUGUGAAAUAGGUUAAAUUAUUUAUUUUAAAUAUUUUACGUGCUGUUAAGUUAUCAACAUUUUCAUGAGUCUACAAACCCAAAAUGAAACUAGGGAAGAGGGGUUAACUCCAGCAUGUAUGCUUUUAAAAUUCACACAAUCAGUAUUUUGUUGGAUGUACUGGUAGUACCAAAAACAAGUACUGAUACAGUGUGUGUUUAUGAAACACUGGUAAACAACCCUUUAUAAAACAGUUUUUUAUGCUAUCAUCUUGAUACUAGUAAACUGAUUUAACUUCUUAAUCAAUGUGAGAUUCAAACUUCCAGUACAGCUUUGUAUUUAUUUGCAUCUUUGUUUAUUUGCUGUUGGCUGUGACCAAAUAUUUAUGACCUAAUUUAGUCAUUUUCUUUUUAAAAAACAUGUGUUCAUGUUAAUUUUGUUUCUUUUGAAGACAGUUUACUUCAUUGAUUUUUCAACACAGCUUUUUUAUUUAGUUUGAUAGUUUGGGUGGAAUGUAUUCAAAUAUGGUUGUUUAGAUUGUUUUGUGUUACAAUCAUUUGAGAUCUUGGCAACAUACAUAAGACUCCAUAACCUCUUGUUUACAUUCUUUGUCUUUUUAAGAUUUUAAUACAACCGUAUAUUUUAUCGACUCAAAAUGGUCAUCUCUGGUAAGCUGGCAUCACUGUUUUAAGAUUCUGUUUUACUGUUCACCCCAAAUCAUCUACCAUAAUAUAUAUUAACCUGUAAUAAGCUACCACCUUUGUUAAGAUGGCAAGUUUUGUUUUAUCAUAGAUGGCUGCUUAGCACAGAUUUGGCUGCUUUGUUGAUCUCUUACUGUUGAUACAUUGGGAAUAAUCUUGUCUGAUUUUCUUUUGUCGUUCAUAUGAUUCAGCAAUGUCUUGGCAGUAGACUUAAAACUUAAACUCUAUUUAUGUGCCUAAAUCCUUUCACGGUUCAGUCACCUUGGCAGUAACACAUUCUACAUUCUGAAGUUCAUCCAUUGUUGACCAUGACAUUGUUUCUGAUAAUUAUUUGUUAAGUAUUCAUAGACUGAGAUAGAUCCUGAAAGAGAAAAAGCUUAUCUUAAUGAGUAUUUUAAAAACAUUUUUCUUCUUAUGUGCCAUACUUUUUUUUGGACUUUUUUUUGUGCAAAGAUAAAGCUUGCUAAUCAAGUUGAAAGUAUAUUUCAUUGUUGUUAACAAAUGUGUGAAUUAGUCAUUAGGCAAGGUAGCAAUAAACUGAUACAAUUAUUUGUUGCUUAUUGAAUCACAUUUAUAACAGUUUAGUUUUGUUUGUGUCCAACAGCAUUUUUUUUCUUGCAGCAUCAAUUUACUAGUAAUUGCUGUGAUUCUCAUAAUCAUUUGUUCAUUUUAUCAUUAUCAUUUCACACUAUCACAAUAGAAGUGUAACUAGUGAUACAGGUAUACAUAAGUGUGAUACGAUAGAUAUCCCAAGUCAUACAACAAUAUGAUCGCAAUGUCUAAAAACACAAGAGUCUGGUCUCAGUUAUUAGGCAGUAUAAUCAUCUUUUUACCAUUACAUUACAGUUUACCUAUAACAUCUUGCUUAAAGGUUAACUUUAUAAUAAAAUUAUUAACUAUGAGCUGUCUGGUUUAAAUCUAUUUUACUGUAUACUUUGUGUUCCCAGUAACAAGUAAAAAGUGCUAUUCCAACUUCUGCUUCCUCGUAAGCAUAACAAAUUGUCUUACAAAAUACCUAUGAUAAACUUUAUUAAAAAAACAAGGUUGACAUCUUUAUUAAUUAUAUAACGUCAUUUGUGUUUGUUUUCGGUAUGUCAUUACCAUUGGUGUGUGUGUGUGUGGGGGGGGGGGGGGGAUUCUCCCAAAUUAUUAAAGUUGUCUUUCCUUUUAGCCUAAAAGCAAUUUUAAUGCAGAAUUUACAAAUUUGUUUUAUUGAUUUGAAAUAGUCUUUAUUGGAAAUGAAAACUUACAUGUACUUGCUGUCAUCUCCUGGUUUUUGUUUUACUAGAGUUAACUUUUAAGUUAUUAAUCCUAUAGAACCCACACCCACACAUUGGAGUACAUUAAAAAUACAAGGCUUUCAUAACCACUUACUUUGGUGAUAACUGACACAUUUUUGUCAAAAUUCAGUGAUAUUUACCCCUGGAGAUCAGUAGAUUUUAGAUGUCUCAAUGUGCAUGAUGGAGCUUGAAACAAUUUCUAUCUGCCGUGAAGCACAGCUGCACAUCACAUUUUCCACACAGUGUGUGCACAACGUGCAUCGUCCUCUUUUUUCAGCUUUGCAUGGCCAAUUUGAAUAGCCAUCUUUUCUUACAUCAUCAGGGGGACUAGUACAAAUGUUUUUUCGGGGGGGGGGGGGGGGGCAUAGGUGAUGCAAUCGGGCUGCAUGAUGGACGGCCCUUUUUCUGGGCAGCAUUUAGUAGCAGUAGACUGGAUGCAAUCUCUGCCUGAAAUGUUAGUUGUUUCUUUGACUUGUUUCAUGCUGACGUUUGCCAGAAGAGAUACAUGUACCAUCAACGUGACUUAAUGUGAUGUAUAUCUUCCAACACAGCCAUCAAUCAAGUCUAUUCCUCCCAUAUAUUUUUUUAUUCUUUGAUGACGAAUGGUCUUUUGAUAUCAACAAAUAGCUUUUCAGCCUUGUUCCACGGCUUCACAGAAUCUGUCGCUUCUUCUGCAGCAUACGAUGAUACAAGAAUUACUGAUUUGUUGUUAUACCACUUGACAAUAACCAGACUUUUUUUUCCUAUUUCAACAUGCCAAUUGCUUGUACCUCUUCCCAUUUUGGCAAGGUCUUUUUCUGUCACUGGAGAAAGCCUGCUAGAUGAUUUGACCGAAGUGUUGCCACAUACAAUAUUCCAUCUUGCAGUAGCUUUAAUAUCAAUCUUGCAGAGCUGAAGAGGUUAUCUGCAAACACUUUGUAAUUCUCAUUUUUAGGCAGUGUCUCACACAAUUUCAUAAUAACAUCUCCUCCCAUGCCUAAUUCGGUUUCCUACCCUUUGCCACCUUGAAACACAUCAAAAUCACACAGCAGCCCAGUGACUGUAGAACAAGCCCAGAUCUUCAAACCCCAUGGAUGAGGCUUAUUUUUCACAUAUUGCCUGAUUGGGCAGCAUUUUCCUCUGAAAGGUAUCAUCUGCUCAUCAACAGAGUUAUGCUCCUCUGGUGGUAUUAGGAGGCACUGAGCUUGAAACAUAUUUAGCCAGGGGCGAAUUUUUCACAGUUUAUCAGAUUUGUCAUUGUCUCUUACAGAUAGCUUGUCCAGAAAGUGUAAUGAACACAGCAGUGCUUGAAAUCUGUGAUUGAGAAAGUGUUCAACCCAUUGGGUAGUUCGACCUAACCAUUUAGUCAAAAUCGUGUAACUGUAACUCGGGAUUUUGGUUUUUGUUUGACUAUUGCACUGUAUUCGACCCUUCCGAGUUCGACUCAUUGAGAUUCUACUGUAUAUUAAAAUAUUCACAUUUUUAAAAUGGUUGUUCAAUAUGUUUUAGUCAUUAACAGCAUUACUUUAAAAAUAUGCUGAGGUAUCAUUACAUAAUUAUUCCUUUUUUGUUUUGUCGGUCGUGAUCUCAAGCAUUGUUAGACAAAUGCUUUAUCCGGAAGUGUUCUUUAAGAUAAUUCAGAGCAAAGCAUGCAUCAUAUUCACUCGUUAAUCUUUGAUAACAAUAUACUCUACAGUGGCAGCUUGUUCCUCAUCUCAUAUUCACAUUUCUUAAACACUUGGUGGUGAGAACCGUAUGCAUUAUAGAUGAUAUCACACAGUCACGCAAAUCACAUGUGUUAUUGAUUUAAAGACAUACGAUUGGCAGCAUUGGUUGCUCCUAGGUGAUGCCUCGGUCACUGCAGCUAUACCAUCCAAUGAAAUAAGCACAAUUAAUAUUGUAAUUUCAAAUUUGCUUAAAACCUAGGUUAUGAGGAUAUGUCAGAAAUGUGUCCGUUAGAUAUCAUUUCUUACAACAUGUAUCCAACUAGCUUUUGUUUUUCAGACAUGUUUUGAAACAACUUGUGAGAUAAAUGAUACCGAGUGGCCACUCAUGUAGUAUUCUCUUUAUGUACCAUACCACAUGUAUCAUACUUGGGUAGUAACUGAUAGAUCACAUUGUGCUGGUGAUCAUCACUUCAUGUUUUGAAUUACCAUAGUUUGACACCCAAUAGCUGAUGUAUUUUUCGUGUCGGGGUGUUGUUAAACAUUCAUUCAUUCAUUCAUUACAUUGUGCUGGCUGUCAUUUAGCGUCCCAUUGAAACAACUUUAUUUUUAACUCCAUGACAUGUUCAUGUGUAUUUUUCUUCUUGCUCGUAGAGUUGUGGUGUUUAUUUCUUCUUGUUACCAAAUUCCUUGGUUAUAGUGGUUGACGUGUCUCAUAUGUAUUGGUCAUUUUACAUUAUACUGUGUAUUGGACAUGUUCAUUUUUAAUAGUAAUGUUUUUACAUAAACAAUUAUAUGUAAUAUAUUUUGUGUGUGCAUAAAACAUUCAUUUUCAUAACUAUACAAAUUUCAGUUAAUGAUUUUUUUUUGUUGGUCAAUAGCUUAAUAGUAUAUGGUUUAAAGUUCAGUACUGCUUGUGGGUACAUAUUUCAUAUUUGGACUAAAAGUAGAAUGGGGUGUUUGUAGAUUUCUUUAUCAGUUAAGCUAAAAGUCAAUAUAUACAUGUAUAUGUGACUGACAUAAUUCAACAUAGAUGUAUGGCAUAAUUGUAAUGUUAUAUAUUUUAUAUAUAACUUGUUCCCCCCAUACCAGGGAUUCCUAAUCAUAAAAAAACACAUUCAAAACCAUUAUUAUUGAGCACAAAAGUGCAACUUAAUUUUUUUGCAGCUGAAUAUCUGACAGGUUACAUGAAUCAUUAAACAUGUCAUAAAUCACAAGAUAAGAUAUUUACUUAGAAACUUUUCAGAUUUGUUUUGUAUAAAAAUUGCUUUAUCUACAUAUAUGUGUAUUUUACUAUUAAGCCUCUAGCGGCAAUUCCAAAUUGAGUUGUUCUUUUACCAGGUUUAAUCACAUUCAGCUGAUGUAAAACAUAUUACCAUUGUGAAGAGAAAGAAAAAGAUAAUAUUUGUCAGGUAUUGACUGUUUACAUGGACAACAGAUAUUCGAUUGAACAUAAUUGAGUACACUUGAAAAUCUUGCCAAUUUCAUUGGUAGCUAUACUGUCAGCAAUGUCUGAAACUAUUAUUUCAAAAUCCUUAGUUUUUAUCUGUGAUUUUCAUAAUUAAGACCACUAAGGCAAUGUUUUCUAAGACAAGUUCCUGUCUUUUCUCGUCAUGUUAUAUUUGUCAUCCUUUACUGGAUAUCCUACCUGCUCAGAUAUUCAGUAGGCAGGGAACAUUUCGUUUUUAAAAAUUUGAUUUGCAACAUUUGGUGAUCAGUUGAAAAUUAAGUAAUAACAGUUACUACUAUUUAACAAUUUACAAUAACAGUUACUACUAUUUAACAAUUUACAAUUGUGAAGAGCAAGUCAUGGUGCAAUACUGAACAAAGUGUUCCCUGGUGGUCAAAAUAUUUUGUACAGAAAGAAACCAGGUGACUCAACUAUGGUGAAUUAGCAUAUGCUGUAACAGUACUGUAAGUUUUGAAUAUAUAACAAAUGGGUAUGUGACCACGCAGAACUGGGUAAAUUUACCUUUUACCCAAUGCCAUAAUAAAAUGAAUUUAAUCAAGUUGUAGGAUGAGGGUGGGUCAGACUAGAGGCAGAAGGUUGAAGCCCCAAGAUUUAAGAAUGCUAGAUAAUGGAAAGCUAGAUAAUGGAAACCCAAGAUUUAAGAAUACUAGAUAAUGUUAACCCAAGAUUUAAGAAUACUAGAUAAUGUUAACCCAAGAUUUAAGAAUAGUAGAUAAUGGAAACCCAAGAUUUAAGAAUACUAGAUAAUGUUAACCCAAGAUUUAAGAAUACUAGAUAAUGUUAAACCAAGAUUUAAGAAUAGUAGAUAAUGGAAACCCAAGAUUUAAGAAUACUAGAUAAUGGAAACCCAAGAUUUAAGAAUACUAGAUAAUGUUAACCCAAGAUUUAAGAAUACUAGAUAAUGUUAACCCAAGAUUUAAGAAUAGUAGAUAAUGGAAACCCAAGAUUUAAGAAUAGUAGAUAAUGGAAACCCAAGAUUUAAGAAUGCUAGAUAAUGGAAACCCAAGAUUUAAGAAUGCUAGAUAAUGGAAACCCAAGAUUUAAGAAUGCUAGAUAAUGGAAACCCAAGAUUUAAGAAUACUAGAUAAUGGAAACCCAAGAUUUAAGAAUAGUAGAUAAUGGAAACCCAAUAGUUAAGAAUAGUAGAUAAUGGAAACCCAAGAUUUAAGAAUAGUAGAUAAUGGAAACCCAAGAUUUAAGAAUACUAGAUAAUGUUAACCCAAGAUUUAAGAAUAGUAGAUAAUGGAAACCCAAUAGUUAAGAAUAGUAGAUAAUGGAAACCCAAUAGUUAAGAAUAGUAGAUAAUGGAAACCCAAGAUUUAAGAAUACUAGAUAAUGGAAACCCAAGAUUUAAGAAUACUAGAUAAUGGAAACCCAAGAUUUAAGAAUAGUAGAUAAUGAAAACCCAAGAUUUAAGAAUAGUAGAUAAUGGAAACCCAAGAUUUAAGAAUACUAGAUAAUGGAAACCCAAGAUUUAAGAAUACUAGAUAAUGGAAACCCAAGAUUUAAGAAUAGUAGAUAAUGGAAACCCAAGAUUUAAGAAUACUAGAUAAUGGAAACCCAAGAUUUAAGAAUACUAGAUAAUGGAAACCCAAGAUUUAAGAAUAGUAGAUAAUGGAAACCCAAUAGUUAAGAAUAGUAGAUAAUGGAAACCCAAGAUUUAAGAAUAGUAGAUAAUGGAAACCCAAGAUUUAAGAAUAGUAGAUAAUGUUAACCCAAGAUUUAAGAAUAGUAGAUAAUGGAAACCCAAUAGUUAAGAAUAGUAGAUAAUGGAAACCCAAUAGUUAAGAAUAGUAGAUAAUGGAAACCCAAGAUUUAAGAAUACUAGAUAAUGGAAACCCAAGAUUUAAGAAUACUAGAUAAUGGAAACCCAAGAUUUAAGAAUAGUAGAUAAUGAAAACCCAAGAUUUAAGAAUAGUAGAUAAUGGAAACCCAAGAUUUAAGAAUACUAGAUAAUGGAAACCCAAGAUUUAAGAAUACUAGAUAAUGGAAACCCAAGAUUUAAGAAUACUAGAUAAUGGAAACCCAAGAUUUAAGAAUACUAGAUAAUGGAAACCCAAGAUUUAAGAAUAGUAGAUAAUGGAAACCCAAGAUUUAAGAAUACUAGAUAAUGGAAACCCAAGAUUUAAGAAUACUAGAUAAUGGAAACCCAAGAUUUAAGAAUAGUAGAUAAUGGAAACCCAAUAGUUAAGAAUAGUAGAUAAUGGAAACCCAAGAUUUAAGAAUACUAGAUAAUGGAAACCCAAGAUUUAAGAAUAGUAGAUAAUGUUAACCCAAUAUUUAAGAAUAGUAGUGUUAGAGGAAGACUGACCUAUGUAACUGUUACGAGUCAUAUCAUGAGGUCUCUAAACAUCUCAUCAGGCAGCAUAUUGUUAUUGUUGGCAGCCCGUACUCUGAAACCUGUUUAUUACGAGACUUUGACCUGUGUUUUCUAUAACUGUUAUACACCUGUACAUGUUGUACUCAAGUCUUGCAUGUGGAGAACUAUAAUUAUUCAGUUUGGUGCUUUUCAUUAUUAUUAUUACAUGUGUCGUAGCAUAUCUCGCUCAGUGUCAUCAAAUUUCAUUCUAUUUUACAUAAUAUACCUGUUCGGAAUGCAACUCUGUUGGAUGCAUAAUGUUCUAUGUAAUAAAUGACAAUAAUAAAAUAACUAUGUAGGUGAUGGUAAUGUCGAUAAUAAUAUAUUCAUUGAAUUAGUUUGUGCUGUUCGUCCCCCAGAUCAUGUCAUAGACACAAGGGUAUAGCUCCAAGCGUUAGUCUUGUAGUUGCUAUGCAGGACAUGUAGCUCAUGGUUAGUGCUGGCUGGUGGGUAUUCAAAACAAUACUAUAGACAGUGAAUCUUAACAUUUUAAAAAUGCCCAUGCAAUUUUAUUGUGUGCCAACAUGCAAAACAAAUAGUAGUUUUAGGCAUCUCUAUAUAAUAUAAUCUAGCUUAAUUGACAUGGUCAUACGUAGAAGAUUUCGGAAAUAACAUUGAUCAAAAUCAAGCAUAGAUUUAUGUUUAAUUCUCUUUGGGCUGAAUUUAUGAAAGGUGAUCAUUGUGGGUUUUUAUUUUAGAUGCAUUUAAGUCUUAAACGUGGACAUGUUAGCUAUAUGUUAUACUAUACCAAAUAAAAUCCCAUAGAUGACAAUGUUCAUGUAUAUGGCAGAAAAUACUGUUAUAUGCAAUAUAUCAACCAGAUUAUGACCCAUAAAUAGGAAUACUAAAAACCCUCAUCCAAAAUAUUAACUGAAGAAAGUGAAAACUGUCAUGGUUUAUGUUUUUACAACACCAUAGUUUAGCACCAAAUUGUAGUUCUUAGUUUUACAGGUACCACAUACAUGUUUCAAGCACAAAGUUGUACUGGAUGAAAUAAAAUUGCAUACAUUUUUUAUUUUUUAUUUUUUUACAACAAACACUUUUGCAUUUAUCACCAAUGAUAGAACUGGUAGUAUCAACUGCAUUAUCAAAAGUUGGGUGAAGCUCAAAGUUUGACUUGGCUGGAUGUUAUUGGGUAUGGUGCUACCUAAACAUAUACAUUUAUUAUUCAAUAUAGACUGUUUAGAAAAUUUACUUGUAACUAAAGAAUAAAUUCCUUUCAUAUAUUCAGCCCUUAAUAUUUGAUGAGGUACCAUUCUUCCCCUAAAUUUAUAUCAGUUAACAUAAUAAGACUGUAUGAAGUGCAAUUUUUAAACUGCUCAUAGUCGCCUUUUCAUACUGUUAGUAUUAUUGAAUCAUGUUGCAUGUUUGAAUAUAUGAUGAAAUAUCAAAUAUCGUUUGAGCAUAACUAUAUAAUUGAUGGACGAUUCCAUUUUCAUUUAUUUGUAUGUGUUCAUGACCAAACCUGUCAUUAGAAUACAGGUGACCUUGUACUUUGUUAACCUGUUAGUACCCCAUAUCAGGCAGCAUGAUGCUAUUGUAAUACAUAUACUAUAUAUUCACAUAAACCAGAUUUUAUUCAAAACUUAAACAUUGUCAUUGUUUGACAUUCGGGUUUGAAAAUAAGUCCUUAAUUAAGCAUAAAAAUUUGCAGUACAAAAAACUUUCUCUAUUUCAAACUACACUGACACUGUUGAAGCACAUCUUAAUGUGGCAUGCAUGUAUUAAAUAUAUUUACGUGUAUCUAAGGAACUUUAUUUUGUCCACCCCCACUUCUUGAAAUGUUUGUUUUAUAAAACGUUGACAAAAGACCAUGCCAUUUGGUUCAUUUGGUCACAAACUGACAUAUUUACCAAAAAAACCAAUAUGCAAAUUCUAUCCAUAAAUGUCCUCUCUUUUUUUUGAUGAAGGGGGAGUAGACUCGCCUUUAUAGAGUAAUAAAAACGAGAUAUAGGUACUGGUAUUAAUUUUUAGGUGGAAUCUAAUUGUGCAUUGCAGUGUAAGAGGUAGCAAGGUGGGUGUAGUGCCAAGUCUGUAUUUCCUAACUAUAGCCCUUUUUCAAAAAUACUGUGUGCAUUUAUAUGUACAUGACAUUGUAGUCUAUGAUUGUAUGUAUAUAUAUAUAUAUAGAUGUAUGAAUGUUUCUCUGUGUGUGUGUGUGUGUGUGUGUGUGUGUGAGAGUGAGAGUGAGAGUGAGCGAGUGUUAUAUGGUGUACAUGACAGUUAUCAUAUGAUAUACAUACAACAGUGGACUGAAUAUGCCUUAUUAAAAAUUAUUCUUCUGUCAACAAUUUACACAAAUGUCUCUUGACAAUAUAAUUCUUGCCACAUCCCCAUGUAUGGAUAGAAGUCAGCUAUGGCCCUGUUAGAGAUUAUAAAAUGAGCAUGUACAAGCUAUUUGUUUUUUAAAUCAUUAUAAUUAUCUCCUAUGGUUUUUUUUUUUUUUUUUUUAUAAAUGCAGGUCUAAACUCGCUGCAUUUUGGUUUUUCUUUCAUGAAUGUUAUAGAUUUGGAUCAAAAUUUUGCAAAUGCCUUUUGCUUUAUACCAAAGAAAUGUUAUUCCAGUUUUACCCAAAGUAAUCAUCAUCUACAAAUUCAUUUUUUGUUUGUGUGUAUAUUCAAAAAUGAAACAAAUAAAACCAUUUCUAUAACUAUUUCAACUAUUUUCUCUAUUGUUUUUAUCAGUGCUACAAAGUAAUGACCAUAUGAUUAAAUUACAAACAAAAUGGCUGAGUAGAUUGAUAUUUAGUAGUGUUCAGAUAUGUAGCUACAUUGUUAUAACAUAUUUUCACACUUAAUGCUUAUAUUUUGUUGACUUGUUGAUGUGAUUACUUAUGUGUUCAGUUUUUGUAUACUAAUAUGUUUGCAUAACUAUGGAUUACACAAUUUUGUAUCAGUAGUUAUAUAAUGGUGGUCAAAAUAUAUCAUAGCAAUUAAAUUGCUAAACUGUUUUGGUGGUGUUUUGUUUUUACCUAAAAAAUUAAAGCACAAUUAAAGCUGUAAUAUCAAA